UCCGAACCCUCUGUUGUUAGUGGUUUGGCGGUGGUAGACGCUUGAUCCAAGUCUUAAUUCACCCUCGCUUAUGAAAACCCACCUCUAAUGGAUUAACUCAGCUUCUUGUUCAUAAUUAGUGAAAUUUUUGGUUUUGUAAUGGCUAACGAGCGUCUCAGAGCUCUGGAGGAGGUGGAGAAGGAGAUAGCCAUGAUCCUACAGUGCGCAGGUAACAUUGUGUUGGAGCUCUCAAAAGACAAACACAAUGCCAGCCUCUUGGACAGACAGUUGCUGCAAUUCCAGAGCUCUGUGAACCGAGUGGAAAGUGAGCUGAGUGCGCAGAUCCGAUAUCUGACACAGGUGGCUACAGGUCAACCUCAUGAGGGCUCCACGUAUUCAGCUCGGAAGGACUGUCAGAUGGCCCUGAACAGAGCGGAGUAUGCAAAGGUCAAACUCGGUGAACUUGGACGCACUUGUGAAGUCAUGCUGGAACAGCAGCAGUCAUGAGAAUACAGACUUUGGACAUUUGCUCCUCUGACACUUCAGCAGUGAAUGUCAUUAUGCAUUUUGUACAUUGAUUUUGAAUAUUUUUUUUUUUUUUUUUUUUAAGUUUUCUACAUUUUUACUAACAGGUAAUAUAGUGGCUCUCAAACUUUUCACACCAGAUAUCGUGUCGUAUCGUGUAGUAUUCAGAGUGCUACCACAUCUAAAUCAACUAUGCAAUAAACAAAAAAUUAUCAAAAGAAGAACAGACAAGUAUAAACAAUGAACUCUAAAUCUAAAUUUGCCAAAGCCACAUACCGAAGAGCUGUCUAAGUACCACGUGAAGGAGCUUUCAUACCAUCGGUUUGAGAAACACAAGAAUAUCUUCAACUCAUUGCAAUUAAGCUACCAGCUUUGUCUAAUCAUGGGUUUUAGCUCCCUGUUGUACCGAACAUUUUGAAGAUUUUCCCCCAUACAAUAAAUAUAUUUUGUUUUAUAACCAUUGCCAUAGCAAUUCACAAUUUAAUUGUCAUAUUUCUGAAACCCACUGAUUGAGGCAAGUUAAUUUUUUUAUUUGCAAAUGAAAGGCACCCACAUGAUUGUGUGGGUCCACAGGGAGGUAUGUCAAAUGGAAAAAAUGCACAUAAAAAUCCAACAAGUUCAUCUAUAAUCCUUUAUACUGUACAGAUUUGUAAUUUGAUUUGAUAAGAGUUGAGUAGUUAACCUUCAUAAAUUGCUAAAAGUUUUCAUUAAUGCGAAUAAAGUACCCAUAUCCCUUUAC